AUGUCGGUUAGACCUGGAGCUCUUGCUUUGCUUUGGCUAUACACUAUUUAUAAAGGACGUCAAUCAUUGACCAAAGCAAUCAGCAUUCUAGAGUUUGCGUCGAGAAUUCUUGCUUCGAAUCCUGGUCUGCUCGCGUUGGGAUUCGCUACGCUGGGGUCGGUUAUAGUAUGGACAUGGAUAUGGUUAGGAAUGUUUACGAGGGUAUUUUUGGGUGGUCAUCUCUCGAAGUCAGGGCUGAGUUUCAUUAUUGAUGCAACAACUUGGUGGCUUGGUGUAUAUUUCGUAAUGAUGUACAUCUGGACUCUUUCCGUGAUUGGGGGUAUUCAGCGAACUACCACUGCUGCAACAGUUUCUCAAUGGUAUUAUCACCGUAAUGCGCAGACAGGAGCUUCAUCUCGAGAAGUUGUUGCGGCAGCAUUCUAUCACUCGACGAAUACGAUAUUCGGUACCAUAUGUCUAUCAUCAUUAAUAGCUCUCUUGAUUAAGCUUCCUCUCCUCGUGUUUCCACGACGAUUGGUGGCGGCUAUUUCGAUAAUUGCAUACUCUUUUGUACCAGCACCAGUGACAGCAUUGCUCAAUCCUCUUACCCUCACCUAUGCUGCUAUCCACUCACAACCUCUUCAAACUUCCGCAAGAGGUCUAAGUCAAAUGACAUUCCUCACACCUCAAGCUCCUACAACCACGUUAACCCACGAUCCUUCUCUUUCUCGAACUCACGCCACAACACCUUACUUACUGCCUUAA